CAAAGUGUGUGACGGCGAAGGUCCUUAUCCUGAGCAGAGAAGAGACGCCAGGGGGACCAUAUAGUGAGUUGAAACAGAUUUUGAUUCGACGCAGAAUAUAAUCGUCCUAAAGCCUGGGAUUCUACAAUGGCGAUUAAAGACUUCGAUGACAUUUUCGUCCAUAUCGGGGGAUUCGGACGAUACCAAAUGAUCCUCUUCGCGGCGAGCUGCGUCCUGAACGUGUUCGUGGUGUUCGUAUACUUCGGCCAGAUAUUCAUGACUCUGACGCCCCCGCACUGGUGCCGCCCGCCCGCGCCGCUGCUGCGCCUCAACCUCACGGAGCUCGAGCUGAAGGCGCUGACCAUCCCGAGGCACCACAACGGCAGGGACUUCCUCUCCUGCAGCAGAUACGAUGUCAAUUUCACGCAGGUGGUGGAGAGCAACCUCAGCUGGCCCGACCCGACGUGGCCAGUCACCAGCUGCACGCACGGAUGGACCUACAACUUCUCUCUCUACUAUCCUACCAUAACUUCAGAGCUGGACUGGGUGUGCGACGAGGACUGGCGUCCGGCCCUGGCGCAGUCGCUCUUCUUCGUGGGCUCCAUGCUGGGGUCCCCGAGCCUCGGCUGGGCGGCCGACACGUGGGGCAGGCUCCCCAUCAUCGUGUUCUCCAAUCUGCUGGGCGCUGUGGCUGGCAUCGCUUCCGCCUUCAGCUCCUCGUUCGUCAUGUUCGCCAUUCUGAGAUUCAUCGUGGGAUUAACGUAUGAACAGCAUUACGUCAUCGCUUACAUCCUGCUACUGGAAUACGUGGGCAGCAAGUACAGGACGGUGAUGGCCAACGCUCCUGUGAUGACGUUCCUCACCCUGGGUCUCUGCUCCAUGCCAUGGAUGGCGUGGGGCCUCGCUCACUGGUCCUCCUUUGCGCUCCUCAUCCACGGUCUGCAGUUCGUCACCAUUUUGUGCAUCUGGUAGGUCGUGAUUCCAGAGUCCGCUCGAUGGCUGUUGGGCAAGGGACGCGUCGACCAGGCUGUGGCUAUUAUCUCGAGGGCAGCCAGGGUCAACCGCAAGGCUCUCUCACCGGAAGUCCUGCAGGAGUUCAAGGACUACGCGGGGAAAAUGGGACAGCAGCUCGAUCAGCCGAGGGUCACCGCGCUUAGCCUCCUGAAGACGCCUGUGCUACGCCGUCGGUUUAUCCUCGUGUGCCUCAUGUGGAUGGUGAUGACGCUGGCCUACGACGGACACACGCGCAACAGCGAGAACAUCGGCUACGACGCCUUCAUCAGCUUCACCAUCGCCGGCGCCGUCGAGUUCCCCGCCGACGUCCUCACGAUGAUAUUGACGGAGUACCUGGGUCGGCGCCACACCACCGUCUGGUCGCUCAUUGUCAGCGGUCUCGUCGCCCUCAGCAUUGCGUUCGUGCCUGAAGACAGCACCGUAAUCAUUAUGGGACUGGCCUUCACUGGCCGGUUCCUCAUCACUAUGACAAUGAACGUGGGGCAUCAGUACCCAGUGGAGAUUCUGCCCACGAUUGCUCGGGGGCAGGGGAUGGGCACCAUGCAGACCCUCGGAUUCCUCUCCGCAUUUGCAUCUCCUUACAUCGUGUACCUGUCCAAGUAUGGCUCGUUCUUGCCCUACGUGAUCCUCGGCGUCAUCACGAUCCUGGGCGGAAUCGCUUGCCUCUUCCUGCCGGAGACACUGCACGAGAAACUGCCCGACACUCUGGAAGACGGAGAGACCUUCUUCAGCGGCCAGAGUCUGUGUUACAACCCGUGUGCAAGAUCCAAGGCAAGGGACUCUGAAGCUAAAGAGAUGAAGGCGGCAGGACAAGACAAUACGGCUUUUCAAAUUGACAGCGUAUAACAUUAUCUACAUUAUAUUUUUAACGUUAGGUUGUAAUUUCAUUGCUUGAAAAUGAUGCUCACUUGUUAUGUGAUUCAUGUUGUAACAGAUAUUACAUUAUUUUUUAUACAGCUGCUUUCUUCACAACCAUCUACUGACUGAAUGUUA